CACUCCUGUCUAGUUUCGAGUUUCGCCUACAACUUCCAAAGACACAAAAUGGAGUUGAUGAUACCUGGCUGAGGAAAACUAAACCUGUGUUCUCUAUAAUGCAUAUCCCAGCGGUUUGUUUAUAAAUUUAAUAGUUUAAUCAUAGAAAAGUCGUUAUCUCGCGAGGAAAUAUGGGAUUAAAAAUGUUGUGGACGUUAAUCAUCGCUGCUUUAAUGGCGGCAGAUUACACUCUGGCUAUCUCUGUCCAGACCCCAACCAAAAGGUAUAUUGUCAUCCUCUUCCAGCCCGUCACCCUCACCUGUAAUUACCAGACAUCAGCAACUCUGCCUCCCACAGUGCUAUGGAAGUACAAGUCAUACUGCCGGGACCCCAUCCAGGCUGCACUGAAUCCCAGCAGUGCUGAAAAUGUCCUGGCUCAGAGCAACCCCAACUACGACCCCAACAUCGAGUGUUCUGAUUCCGCGAGGACGGUGCGAAAUGUUGCCUCGAAGAGCGGCAGUUCUGUCACCCUCGGCCCAGAUUACCAGGGCCGCAAGAUCAGCAUCAUAAACAAUGCCGACCUGAACAUAGCGCAGACUGCAUGGGGAGACAGCGGCGUCUACUUCUGCCUUGUAAGCUCGUCCCAAGACCUCUCAGGAAACGGUGAAGCCUACACAGAGCUGAUAGUACUGGAGAGAAAGUCAAAUACUACUGACCUCCUGCCUGGCAUUGACUUACUGGUUAUGGAAGACUGGCUUCUGGUCGUCCUGGUGGUUUUGGGGUUCGUGUUACUGUUGAUCCUGAUUGGGAUCUGCUGGUGCCAGUGCUGCCCACACACCUGCUGCUGCUACAUCAGCUGCCCCUGUUGUCCAGACCGCUGCUGUUGUCCACGAGCACUGUACGAAGCAGGGAAAGCAGUAAAGAAGGGUGUUCCCAGUCACUACGCGCCCACCCUGUAUGCUCCCAGUAUGUAUGCACAGCCAGCGUACAGCGGUGCUUUACUCAACCAGCCGGGUAUGCCUCUGCUUCCUCUGCCCAACGGAGUCGGACAGCAGCCUCCCCAGAACGGUUACGGACGGGAUUAUGAUGGUGCAAGUUCAGUGGGACAAGGCUCCCAGGUGCCUCUUCUUCAUGACCAAGAUACUGGAGGGGACCACACUCGCAGUGGGUAUCGGAUCCAAGUGGACCCUUCAGGAAAUGCCACACGUGCCAUUUACUACAUGGAGAGGGAGCUGGCCAACCUGGAUCCAUCCAGACCUGCCAACUACAACCGCAUGGAUAAUAUGAGCGAAGUGACUUCCCUUCACGACAGCAUGGACGCUCGAGGGCGAGGAGGUCGCUCCCAGCCUCCCCCUCUGGCCACUGUCUACGACCAGGAUGAAGCCAUGAGCACCAUCAGCAGCGUUUCCCAGCAUGUUCACCGCCGUGACGACUACAACCGGCGGGGAGGAGGGAUGGGCGACCGUGUACGGGCACGCUCCAUGGACAACCUGGAUGAUAUCGGACGUCGUUACGGCCGCGAUGACUAUGCGGGACGGCGUCAUCUUGAUGAGCCCCGAGGCAGGAGAGGCUCUGAUGAUGAGUGGAGCAGCAGUGCUCGCAGUGGCUACGAUCGAGACUUUGAUGACCGCCGACGCCGUGACUACUCUCCUGAUGAUCGCAGAGGAGGAGGAGGAGGGGCCUAUGGCGGCAUGGCGGGGAAGCGCAGCCGCAGUCGUGAUGACCUGAUGGACCUGGAGAGGGAUCGGCGGUACGCUGGGGGCGCCAAAAGCGGCCGAAACGAUUACGACGACAGCUUUCUGCGGGAGGCCAUGGAGCGGAAGAGGAUGGGCGAGCAGCAGAGGGCCCGCAGCCGCGAACACCUGGACAGCGAGAGCGAGCGCUCAGACCGGGGACGCGGACGUGGACCCCCACCCCUUCCUAACAGCCCGCCCUCCGGAUACCCCGGCCGUCGCGAUGACUACCCACCGCCUCCACCUCCACCAUACAGUGAAGAUGAAAGUGUGUCGUCGUCAAAGAAAAGCAACCUCCGUAAGAAUGGAGCGGUCAGUCGGGAGAGUCUGGUGGUGUAAAAGCCAAACCCAAGCUGAGGAUCCUGUCCAAUCGUGCAGCUGCGACUCACCAGAAAACCCCAAAUAACCAGUUAAUUUUCCAGACUGUACAUAGUGGCCACACUGCUGAUUUGCUGUGGAGUGCUUUUUAUAACGCAUGAUUUUAACUGAAUGUGUGUUGAUACUUUAUAUGACAUGAGGUGCAUGGAUUAAAGUUAUGUACCUUUUCAUGUCUAAAAUUUUAUGGCUGCCACAAGUGCCUUAGAUUGUACAGAAUGUGUUGAAUAGUUUUGUAAAAAAAAGAAAAGAAGAAAAAACAUUUACAGUAGUUUCUUGUUGCUAAAGUACAGGCUGUCCUUAAAGUCUCUUUACAAUUUAACAAAUUUAGUACGAAAGCAAAUGAAAAGACAAAUCUGUAGAAAUUAUCACAAAAUGUAAAGUAGAUAUUGAGAUGUUCUUUCCUCAUUUAAUCCACCUCUAUAUGGACACAAUUAGUUCCAUGAACCACAUCCGGAUGGUACUGGAUUUGUUUCCAUGUUGUCUGUAUCACAGACUCAUUAAUGGUGUUAAUGACAUCAGUGAUCUUUUACUUCAGGUCGCUGAUGUCCCAUAUCUUUGUUUGAUACAGUAUAUCUUUAACAUAACCCCACAGACAGAAAUCCAGGGCAGUGAUAUCUGGUGAACCAGGUGUCCAGGGAAUUGGACCAUCCCUUCCAAUCCAGCAGUGUGCAAAUGUUAGAUUUCGGAACCCACCAACAUGCAGUCCCCAGUGUGGUGGUGCACCAUCUACUUGGAAAAUGAUGGUUGGUUGAAGGUCAUCCAGUUGUGGUGACACAUAUUCAGUCAAAAGGUCAAAGGUCAACAUUUGCAGGAAUUAAUUAUCUCGUUGAAAAAUGGACCAAUGAUUUGAUUACACAUAAUCCCUCACAUUCGUACAGGCUGCAUAUGCGAUUUAGUUUUGAUAAACCAGGAUACACAUAGUGCCUUUUCUUGAGGAGUCGCCGUGUUGGGGUUUAUUUGGCAGAACCUGUACCUGAAAUACACAGAUGUAAUGUGAUUAUAAACUUUGAUAACCACUGAGAACACAGAAGAAAUCUGAUUAAUAUUUGUUUAAAUUGUAAAGAGACUUUGUGGACACCCUGUAUAUUGAUAUAGUUUUAUAGGGAGUUAGGUUUUUAUUUUAGCUUCUUUGAAAAAACUGAUUUUUUUUUAAAUAAGAAAAGCAAUGUAAAAGUUGAUGAAUUCCUUUACUGUAUGCGUCCUGUGUUUUUGUAGUCCUAGUGUGUGCGUCCAGUGCGUUUAGCUGGUGAACAAAAUAGUCUCAGUUUUUAUUGGAUCUUUUUCCAUUUUAACACAGAGUUCAGUUAUAAAUUACAGUAUAUUGUACAGCCAAAUAAUACAGCCUUAAUAAGCAAUGUAUGUAAUGAAAGCUAAUAUUCCAAUAAAUGUCUCUAUGGUCAAACAUUCAUUCAAGUUUUCACCACUAGGUCACACCAUUUUAGUGGAUAAUUUGAUUGUACACUGGAUUGUAAGGGCCUGAUUUACUAAAGGUUUGCGUGUGUGAAAACGUGUCGGAACUUGACUGUGUACGCAAAAACACUUUGAAACUUAUCUAACAGGACACACUGAGGGUUGCAUCUCUCAAAUGGACAAAAUUGGUCGUGCAGCCCAUUUAGCGUGUUUAAUGCAUAUGGGUGUUUCUGCAAGAACACGCAAAAUUAUUGGUAGGAGUAAAUGCUAAUAAUUAUUUAGUGCGAAAUGUGACUUAAACCUGAAACUGAGUGCGUUGGCUGAUUUUACAUCUAUAUUUUGUACGUCUAAAAGGCAGGUUUGAACUGGCACAGCUUUGUGAAAAACUGGCUGCAGUUGUGGCGAGGAGGCGGCAUAGGCACAACCAAAGACAGAACAAGUCUUUUCUACUCGCAUCAACAUUUUUGGAAUGACGGAAGAAAGAAAAAAUAAAUGAGACGUAUGGCCUCCCCAGCAAUGAACGAGGGGAUGAUUUGGGCCCAGCCACAAGGAGGAGUCAUGCAGUGCCUUCUAUGACAAAACUCCUCCAACGUUACAUUUCUGUGCGUCUGGAUCAUUCCAGUCACUGUUACCAUUAGUGCUGGCACAUUCCACAACAGUUUUUCCAGCGUAUUGUCUCCAUGACAACAACCAGUAGCACAUGCAAAGUCCCCAUUUAAAUAGGGCGGUCUCAGGACUUUCCACCUGUUGUCAUUUGUGCAGGCAGUCAUAGUUGAUCACCCAUGACAUGCAAAUCAAUAGCACAUGCAUUUUUUAGUGGGAGCAAGCAAAUUUGUGUCCGUUAUCUGCAGUGUUAGUAAAUCAGGCCCUACGUAUCCUCAGUGUCAAACCGAUGUUUUCCUCUUCAUCUUGUGACUUAUUUUAUUGUUUAGGGACAUGUUAAAGUCCAAACCCAUGGAUAUGCUUCUUUGUGUUUUCCUUUUAUAAAUUAAGUUUAGUAGGAUCCAGAUCCAAACCCAACAUCAGAAACUGCACAUUUUUAAUCCCUAAAAACCACAUUGGAGUACAAUGUGCAAAACUGGGAUCCAGCAGAUCUAACACAACAGGUUUUAGUCAGUUUGUACAGUUUUUAUUGAAAUUUAUGACACAUUAAAUUAAAGUAUAGUGCAAAUAAA